UUUACACUUGGAAAUUCGGAAUCGCGAUGCCUUCCAGCCGUCCGGUUUCGCGCGAUUUCAUAAAAACCCCAAAAGUAUGGUGUAAAAUCUGUAAACCGCGAAACAUAAAUCGCAAAACAUCAGAAACCCAUCGACUACACAUCGAGGAAAUGGCGGCUGAAAACUUGCCCCGCUGGAGGAAAAUUUUUCAUUCCAGCAACGAAAUCAAUCUAGUGCGUCCGGCCGGUUCAGCCCGACUGGUGGUGUUUAAAACUCCUUCGACCAGCCCCGUUGGCCUUUCACAGCUCGCAUGCAGAAUAUUCCAAAAGAAAAGGAGCUUUGCAAUGAAACCAGUCGGAUCUCAACCAGCAUCGCAUUUCUCGCACCGGAAGUGUAUCAAAAUGGCCCUACAUUGCCUAUUGCCCUUCCAGGAGGAUAAAGUAUGCAUAUUUGAUAUGUGAUGUGUGAAAUUGUGAAAUCAC